AUGGCCCUGCCCAUGACAACACAGCUGCUGCUCCUUCUGGUGUGGGUGGCUGCCGUGCAGGCAGCCCUGCCCAGGACUGACCUCAAUGUCUGCAUGGACGCCAAGCAUCACAAACAAAAGCCAGGCCCGGAGGACACGCUGCAUGAGCAGUGCAGUCCCUGGAAAGAGAAUUCCUGCUGCUCCCUCACCACCAGCCAGGAAGCCCAUAAGGACAUCUCCCACCUGUACAGAUUCAACUGGGACCACUGUGGCAGAAUGGAGGCCGUCCGCAAACGCCACUUCAUCCAGGACACCUGUCUCUGUGAGUGCUCCCCCAACCUGGGGCCCUGGAUCCAGCAGGUGGACCAGGGCUGGAGCAAAGAGCAGAUCCUGGAUGUGCCCCUGUGCAAAGAGGACUGUCCGUGCCGGUGGGAAGACUGUCACCCCUCCUACACCUGCAAGACCAACUGGCACAAGGGCUGGAACUGCACCUCAGGGUUUAACCAGUGCCCAGGGGAAGCUGCCUGCCGCCCCUUCGAUUUCUACUUCCCCACCCCUGAAGCUCUGUGUAAUGAAAUCUGGAGUCACUCCUACAAGGUCAGCAACUACAGCCGAGGGAGCGGCUGCUGCAUCCAGAUGUGGUUCGACCCGGCCCAGGGCAACCCCAAUGAGGAGGUGGCGAGGUUCUAUGCCGAGGCCAUGAAUAGGGCUGGGCUCGGUGGGGCCUGUUCUCUCCUGCUCUGCCUGGCCCUAACGCUGCUCUGGCUGCUCAGCUGA